CCAUCGAAAUGGACGAACCGGUCAGCAGUCAGCCAGCUGAGAGUGAGGCGGGAGUCGAGGAGCUGGAGGAGGAGGGGGAGCCGGCAAAGGACUUCCUCCAAGAGAUCAACUGCCCAGAGCCGGGCAUCAUUGAUCGGAAAAUGAUUGAAACGGCUUACCUCGAGGAGGGCCAGCGGGGAGAAGCCAAACGUCUCCACCAAUUGGAACCAGUAGUCUACGAAAGAAUACAAACCAUGCGACUAGAGUUUAAAAACAUCCUCCGCAUUGACCACCUCUGGAUGAUGCCGAACCUGACAACCCUCUGCCUAAACUGCAAUAAAAUCGAGGUCAUCGAGCACAUCGACAUGCUAACAGCUCUCAAGGAGCUCAACCUAAGCUUCAACUACAUCACUCGGAUCGAGAACCUUGAGACCCUUGUGCACCUGGAGAAGUUGUCCCUGUUCAGCAAUAGGAUUCAGAAAAUUGAAAAUCUAAGUACUUUGGAUAAGCUCGUAAUCCUCAGCAUUGGCAAUAAUCUUAUCGACACUGUGGAAGGGAUCGAACGCUUGCGUUUUGUCAGCAGUCUGAAGGUUCUCAACCUGGAGGGUAAUCCCAUAACUAGGAUGCCAAACUUCCCCCUGUCCCUCUAUGUAACAGCCAUUCUUCCCCAGCUGAACUACUACGAAUAUGUUUUCAUUAAGUCGGAGAUCCGAGCAGAAGCUCAAAAACGUUUUUACCGGGAGAUUCGAGAAAUUGAGGACAGGCAGGAACGGGAGAUCCAAGCACUUGAAACAGAGUCACGAGAGCGAGCUGAAGCAGACCGGCUAGCCUCCAGCUUCGUGGAGCAUCUGGAUGGCCAGCAGUUAUACGAAUCCUUUUGGCGCGACGAUGAAAAAGGACGAAUCCUGAUGCUGAUUGGAACGCCGGCUCAAGAACUGACAGAAGAGUAUGCCAAGGAUGUGUAUGAACUGACCCAGCAGAUUUAUCGCCUGGGGUUGGCACGCUUUGGAGAACGUGACGAGGAGAUCCGAGACUUCAAUGAUAAUCUAUACGAAGGUCAGCAAGAACUCCAGAUGCAAGGUCAAGUACAAAUCGAGGAGUUCCUCCAGUACAAGGAGAAAACUUUCGACGAAAUGCGCUUGAAGUUGCGGGACUUGGACCAACGCGAUGAGGACUUGGAUGAAGUUGAAGCUCAAUUGGACGAUUUAAAUGGAAAAUUCGAGGAUGCUCUGAACCAGAUGUGGCAAAGUCUGAUGGCCCAGGAGCUGCAUCUUCAUGAAGCAGUUGAGGAGUCAACUUUAAAUUUUAACCGCAAAAUUUCACAGCUCAUGACUAGCUUUGUGGAGCAGGCCCAGGUAUAUUUUCGACAGCUCCGCGAUGUUUGCAAUCACUUUGCCGAUAACAUGACCGAGAUCGUGACACAGUUUCUCUCGGCGAAGAUGUCAACUAAUGAUCUGGACUCUAUACCUGAUGAACUGAAAAAAUGCGUUGAUGAUCAGGAGGCGGCCCUUCAUCUGGUUGAAGGAAUGUUGGCAGCGCACACUAUGCGGGUGGAGGAGCGGGAAGAUCGCUUGGUUAAUCGUAGCAGGGAGUUUAUAGAUGACAUGAUCCGUAAGCUCAACACGAAAGAAGUUGAUCGCCAUCGGGCCAAGGUACUAGAGAUCAAUGCCUUCAUGGAAAUGAUGAAGGAGGCAUUGGCUAACAUACCACAAGAGUUAGACCAAGAAUUGCCCGAGGAAUAA